UUCACGUUUAUUUCGUUAGCUUACUUUGGUUAACCGGAAGUAAAAGGAUGACAGGAAGUAUCAAAGGGAGAAAAUCGAAAUUUUAAUGUUUACCAUCACAUCAUGAUGCCAAUUCCAGAAGGACAAAUUCAUCACCAAGAACACCAGGUUGAAUAUAGAGAAAAAUACAAAGCAUUAAAAAAGAAAUUAAAGUUUUUGGUAUAUGAACAAGAGUGUUUCUUAGAAGAAUUAAGGAAGUCACAGAGAAAACUUCUAAAGAUCACUAGAGAUAGAAGUUUCUUGCUAGACAGAUUGUUACAGUAUGAAAAAUUAGAUGAUUCAUCAGAUGAUUCAGAUGCUACAGCAUCCAGUGACAGUGAAAAUGAUGGGCACAGUGCAGGUAAAAAGAGAAAAGCACUAGAGAGUUUAGGAUUUGAAUUUGGAACAGAUCCCACAUUGUAUAUGGCAGCUAGUGCACAGAGUAGAGCUAAUAUACCAACUUCAUCAGAACCUGUGAAGAAAAGAUCAAAACCAAGUGCAAAGAAAGGGAAAGGAGGUAAAUUAUCACAUCAAGAGCCACAGUUAACAAGAGAAGAAGUAGAAAAGCGACUAGAAUCUCGUCAGAUAUCAUUUGGUAUUGAGAAAGCACCAAUGAUGUUACCAAUGGAGAUAUUCAGCCAUGAUAACUCUAAUCAAGACAGUGAAGGAAAUGACAGAGAUGAUGAUGACUCAGAUUUAGUGAUAGACACACAAUAAAGAUACAUUCAAUUAUUUACCAUGUUGGAUUAUUUACCACAGUGGAUUAUUUACCAGAUGUGUUCAAGUACAUAGCUAUCAAAAUGUAUUUGUUUAUGUGUUUAUUUACAUUAAAAUCCUGACAAGACUGAACAAGCAUGAAAUGUUUAUGUUAGAAUGUUUCAGUGUGUUGGUGUACUCCUCUUUUGACAGUGCUUAUGAAAGAGAACAUUGUUUAUCUUAUUUAACACAGUAGAACUGUUACAUUAAAGAUUUAGUGUAGUUACUAACUAUACAAUUCAUAAUCUGUUGUGUUAGUUAUGUGUACUUUUUUAAAAAAAAGAUUUAAAAUUGG